AUGAACCGGGUCAUCUUUUUGGACCUGCCUAUGGAGUAUGCGAGGUCUUCGUGUACUCUUCCUUGCUUGGGUUUGAAGUUAAAGCUGAGCAUGCUGGACAAGCAUUAUCUGCAGAUUGAGGAGAAUCCAGAGUUCUUGGUACGAGAUUGGGCUACAGAGACAUACACGUCAUUGUUGACCCAUUUCACUGACAACACUCUCGAACGCCCCUUCGCCCUAAUCGAACAUCUCAUUGUACACAACCUGGGCGAUGACCUCUACGGAAAGUCGACGCAGUGCUUGAGAGCGUAA